CCUUCAAAGCUACAACUUGACGUGUACAGAACGCGCGCACCAAUUCCUCUCAGCUCAGCUGCAGACCACUGUUACAUGGGACCAUUUUUUUAAUAUUCCUACGAACAUUUUGAGGCGGGAGAGAUCUCUGAAAUUUGUACGCAUCUCAGUGAAGGUGUGUCUGGGUGCAGGCAGAGAGGUGGAUCCAUGCAUUAAUUUGGAAGAGCAAGCACACAUUGAGAUAACCAGCACAACGUUGAGGAAAGGACAAUUCAACAACUCUUAAAACUGCCAAAGUGUGACUUUUGUUAUCUCUCCUAUUAAAUGAAGAUGAACUUUUUCAGUGCUUUCUUCUUUUUACUUGUCAGCCUUUACCCAUUACCUCAGAUCUUAGCAAAGGAGUCAAAUGGUCACAUUUCCGUUGUGAUUUUGGGAGCAACGGGCGAUUUAGCUCGGAAAUAUUUAUGGCAGGGAUUUUUCCACCACUACAUGGAACAAGUCACCAAUGGGUACAGCUUUAGCUUUUACGGUGGAGCCCUUGCAGAAGCCGACCAGGGAAACCCAGCAUUAUUUGAAAUCCUGAAGGGCCUGAGGUGCCCAUCUGAAGUGGAUCAGCAGAAAUGUGCUUUGUUGAAGGAACAGUUUUUAAAACUUUCUCAGUAUCGACAGCUGAGGACUGCAGAGCAGUAUUCUGCCCUUCAUGAAGAAAUCAACACGCAACUUAAGCAGGAAGAACUGGUAGAGGCAGGCAGAUUGUUUUAUUUGUCAGUUCCGGCCUUUGCAUAUGUUGAAAUUGCAGAAAGGAUCAAUAGCAGCUGCAGACCAACUACUGGGGGAUGGCUGAGAGUUGUUCUUGAGAAGCCAUUUGGCCAUGAUUAUGACAGUGCUCAGAGUCUAGCCGUGGAUUUGGAGAAGUAUCUCAGACAAGAUGAGAUGUACAGGAUAGACCACUAUUUGGGAAAACAGGCUGUUGCACAGAUAUUACCAUUUAGACAUGAUAACGCAAAAUUACUGUAUCCUCUGUGGAACCGACACCAUGUGGAAAAAGUGGAAAUCAUCCUAAAAGAAACAUUGGAUGUCAAAGGUCGGACACAAUUUUAUAAUCAGUAUGGUGUUAUUCGAGACGUUAUUCAGAAUCAUCUAACGGAGAUCCUGAUGCUUAUUGCCAUGGAAAUUCCCUAUAAUGUAAAUGACCCACAAGAGGUCCUCGGAAAGAAACUCAAAUUGUAUACUAAUUUACAAGACCUUUCCCGGAGGAGUGCAGUGGUUGGACAAUACCAGAAUUUUAAUUUUGAAGUUAAGGAGGAGUUAAAUAAGACAGUGGACUAUGUGAGCAACACCGCCACAUUUGCAGGUGUUGCAGUUUACAUUGAGAAUGUCCAGUGGGAUGGUGUGCCUUUUAUCUUGACUUCAGGAAAGGCACUGGAUGAACGUGUGGGCUAUGCACGCAUUGUCUUCAGGAAUCCAACUUUUUGUGUUCAGAAUGAGGAAGCCAUGCAUUGUAAACUCCGACAGGUGAUCUUUUAUUUUGGGCAUGGAAGUUUACAGCACCCAGCUAUUCUGGUCAGUAAGAGCCUAUUUAAACCCAUUUUACCUAGUGGCUGGAAGGAGGUGACUGAAUAUCCAGAAUUGACCUUACUAGGACAGCCACUUUCAGAGUACUACAUCUACACUCCAGUCACACAGAGUGAACCAUAUACAAUACUCAUCUCUCUAAUCUUUCAAGGUAAACAUGACAGUUUUGUCAGCACAGAAAAUCUGUUGGCCUCAUGGAAGUUCUGGUCACCAUUGCUUCAUAGUUUAUCCCUACAUAUGCCCCGUCUUUAUCCAGGAGGAAAUGACAAUAAUAAUUUUUUGGACUUUGAGCUUAAAGGCCAUGAGCUUUCUUUCAUUCAAGAGCCAGUGGUGAUAUCAUCAAACAUUCAAGAUGAAAUUUCAGUUGAUAGCUUUCAGAUCACUCAGGGUAAGUAUCGGCAGAAUGAAAUGGUCUCUGCAUGGGCUGAAGAACUAAUUUCAAGAUUAUCUGCUGAUCUGCAAAAAAUUGCUGAGGAAAGUGUUAAAAACAGUGGGCAAUUUCAUAUGGCACUGUCUGGGGGCUCUACUCCAAUUGCUUUGUUUCAAAGGUUGGCCUUGCACCAUUACACUUUCCCUUGGAAAAAGACACAUUUCUGGAUGGUCGAUGAGCGCUGUGUCCCCCUGGAUGAUUCUGGAUCCAACUUUAAAACUUUGCAUGACUACCUUUUGCAGUACAUCAAGGUCCCUUAUUACAAUAUUCACCCCAUGCCAGUCUACCUGAAUCAGAGGCUGUGUGUUGAAGAGGACAGUGGUGCAGAGGCCUAUGAAAAAGAGAUCCUGAAACUAGUAAAUGACACCAGCUUUGACUUUAUUCUUUUGGGUGUUGGAGAUGAUGGGCAUACUGCAUCAUUAUUCAAAAAUAGCAAAUUUGAAAUGCAUAAAGACAAGCUGGUAGCGCUGACAGAAAGCCCUUCAAAACCACAUCAGAGAAUGAGCCUAACAUUCUCGGCCAUUAAUAAAGCCAAAAACAUAACAGUUUUAAUAACUGGAAAGGCAAAGCAUGAAAUGAUAACUCAGUUAAGUCGUGUAAAGGAUGAUGCCAAAAAGUGGCCAAUAACAGCAGUGAAGCCCACAAGUGGAAAGCUUAUUUGGUAUAUUGAUUAUGAUGCUCUUCUUGGAUAAAGGAAAAAGUCUUUUCUGAGCCAUAAUUAUACUUUUUUUUUUUUUUUUUUUUUUUUUUUUUUAUUAACAUUUCAAAUGAGAUUUUUAGCUGUGAAUUAUACCGAAACAUAAAACCCAUAGCAGUAAUGCUCCAUUAAAAAAUGUUAAGACAUGUCCUGUGUUUGACAAUUUAAUAAAAGAAAUUAUAUAUAAGCAUAAGCACACAAGGUUAAAGCUCCAUUAGACCAGCAACAGUUUUGUACAUGAGGUUGGUCAUGCCCCAUGCCAUAUUUGUGUCUAAUGUAUUUCACAGUCUCGUGUGGAAGUUUAAAGGUUGAUCGUGUAUUUAAACACACUGCUGCAGAGGAACUCCAGUGUGUCACACACAGUCAUUCUAAUUUGUGUGCUGUCAGAUGCUGUUAAUUUGUCAUCCGUGGUCUCAACAUCUCAUUUUACAUUUCUUGGUUAUUAACAAUAUUUGGAGAGAAUAGAGAAUAGAGCCUUUAUUUGUCAAGAAAACUAUCAUUGUUUUUGUUGUACUUUUUUUUUUUUUUUUUUUUAUUUAGAGUUGCACACCUGUAUGGCACCUAACUUUGGCACAAUUGCACUAUAAGAGAUGGCAGCAUAUACAGUGAUGUGUGAAGACCUUGAUAAGUGUUUUCACAUGGUUAUAACGAACAAACAAAAACAAUCGGAAAAGGAAUUAGAAUUUUGACUUAUGUUUCAUUUUAUAGUUAUAAAUUAGAUUUUUGUCCUAAGGAUUAGUAAUGCUUUUUAUGAGAUGAAUCAGCUGAAUGUCUUCAAUUUUACUUUUGCCUAAUCUUUAAAGCAAGAACUGAUUAAAUCUCACCUCACUUCAGCAAUUGUUCCCAUGGACCUCCUAUUCAUACUAAUGAACACAAUGAAGCAUUCCUAGCUACAACAUGGGUCAUUUACCUCCAAGUAUAGUUUACUAUUUUCUUCCCUCUUAGCAUGUAAAAAAUGAACAGUGAUGAAUAUUCACUGUACUGAAUGAUUCUUUGUGAAGCCAUUUUUACAUUUGUCAUCCAUUAUAUUACAAGCCAAGUAAAUAACAACAAUGUUAUGCGGUAGUUGAGUUGUUAAUGGAGAAGCUGGCUUACUGGCUAACAACUACUGUAGAUAUGGGGAGCAAUAGCAAUGCAAUAUAGUAUUUCGAUAUUUUUCUUUGUUUUAUUUAAUCAGUAUAUUGACACUUAUCAAUUCAUUGCUUCUAUAGUCUUUUAAAAGGUAUGUAGAACUUUCCUUCCUUGAAUGAAAUUAGAAAUACCCUGACAAUAGUUUUUCUUUGUUGGUGGAUGCAGGAGCAAUAAUGGCUGGUAAUGUCAGACGUUCUGAUAAAAGGCUCCGUCCAUACUUAAGUUGAGUAUUUGGGUACAUUUUGGUUUUCAUACUUAGAGCUUUUCCCUAGUUAUCAUAAUUUUACAUACAGCUUCGCAUAAAACAUGCAGUUUGCGAGCAGUAUUUUAUGAAAAUCGAGUUCUUAAAGCUGCAAUACAGAAAUGAAGACUCUCUUCAUAUUCGUCUGCUGUGUACUGUACACUAAUUGGCCUUAAGGAACCGUUUGAGAUACUUAAAUGCUUUUUCUGCAGUUGAAUUAGUGUUUUCCCUAUUUAGUUUUAUCAAAGUGAAAGUUAUUCCAAUGGGAUAUGAUACCAAGCGAAGUAAUACCACACCAUAUAAUUUUCAAAGUCUGCUUAAUUCUGAGCAGUGUUGUGGGAGAGCUGGAGUCUAACCCAGCAGGCAUAGAAUGCAAGGCAGAAAUGGUCCCUGGACAGGGUGCCAGCCCAUCACAGGGAAUAAUUUUCAAUACAUAUCACAAUCAUGAACAGCUGAAAACGUUGUAGCAGUAUCUCACCAAAUAUCAUAAUAUUGUACAAUCAUGGUGUUAUCACAACAAAUAUCACAAUAACAUUGUAUUGGGGUGUCCUACUACUAGGGACUUUGUAAUUCACAGUUUCAUCAGGCUGUGACAACUUUAACUAUUUCUUUUCCUGGUUUAUCAAAAGAGCUGUGUUGUUUCACCUUGACUAGCCACUGCAACAAGAAAUAUAAAAUGAACAAAACUUUAAGAAUCCAUAUUAUUCUUACUAAUAAUUGCUAUAUGGUUUUAAAAUUAGUUUUUCCUCCUUUUUUUAAAAGCUGUCCUACAUAUGGAAAAAGCCACCUUUCAUGAACAAAUAAUGUUUAUUGUGUAAGCUUACAUUAGUUUUAUAUUUUUAUGUAAAUUUAUGCAAACUUGAAUACUUUAAAGAUUUUGUGUACAUGCUACGCAUGUAAACCAAAGUAGACCCUUUGCUUAUAGAAGGUUUAGAAAGUGAAUGUACGUACACGGAAUGUAUAAAAAUGCAGUGAGAUUACUGUAAAAUAUAAAUCUAUUUGUUUAUCUAUAAUUAGCAUUAAUUUUACUUAUUAAGAAUAGGUUAAAGUUCAAGCCAUAAGGCUAGUGUGAAAUCCACGUUAUCAGUACCCGUAUUAUGGUGCUAAUAAAAAUUCUUUGCAUUUGUAUAGUGCUUUUCUCACUACUCAAAGCGCUUAGCAAUUGCAGGUUAAGGGCCUUGCUCAAGGGCCCAACAGAGCAGUGCCUCUUUUGGCAUUUACGGGAUUUGAACCGGCAACCUUCCGAUUGCCAGUGCAGAUCUAUACAACAGCAAUCCUCAAGUUUAGUCCUGGAGGUCCCUUGUGGCUGCAGGUUUUUGUACCAAAAAGUUUUACAGUCAGCGAGUCAUCUUACUUGUUAACUGAUCUUGAUGUUGUUCUUUUUUCUCAGUCUAUGUUCAGAAAAGCAUAGUAGUGUGAGAUUUACAUUCAAAGAAAAGUUAGAAAGUCAUGUAUUUUGUCAUAGCUAUAAAUGUUUAACCAUCUUUUUUUGUAAUUUAAAAUUUUUUGUGGAGAUAAUACUAAUGACAUUAAAUCUUUUUAUUAUUGCUAAAAAUGCAACUACUUCAAUGUCAUGCGCAGUCAUGUGCUCACUAGAAAAUAAUCACUUAAAUAGGAAGGUGGGCUGAAAAGUGAUGUUGAUUAAAAUCUUAAAAAAAAAAAAAAAACGCACACACACACACAAAUGUAUUCCCAUGUGAAAUACAUUAAUGGUUGUUGAAUUCCAGUUAAUGGUUUGUUUUUUUUUGAUUCACUAUAUAACCAAAAGCCAAUAUUGAAUUGAGAUUCCUUAGGUCCCAAAGUUCCUAAAUAGUUGCAUUCUUUGUAAAUAUUUAUUCGGGAAAAUUUCACAAAAAAAUUGAUAACAAAUGCUAACAAUGAGUUGGUUGUGAUCAAAACGUUGGGCAAUUAGGCCCUGCAGAACUGAAUUUAUGAGCUACUUUGGCUUCCACUCCACUGUAGCUGCUGUGUAAGUUCCAACCAAAGAAGCUGCAGUGUCUUCUGAACUUUCAUGAUCAAGGUGGUUGAGGUUUUUUUAUAUGUAAAACUAAUUCAUAGGAGUUAAUUUUAUGUCUGUUUUAGCUUAUUAUAAAUAUAUUUCAAAUGGGAUCAGGUGUUUUAAAUGCUUCUUGUGUUCCUUGUUUUUUAUAAAUGAUAGACUGUCUGUUUCUGUUGUGCUGCUAAUGGAUCAUUCUUAGCUCUAUAUUAAUUUCAAACUGUGAAGUUUACUUUAGUUGACUGUCAUUUACAGAGAAGUCUUCAAAUGCUGUACUACUUGGACAACAUAUGUAUUUAUAAGAUUUUCUUAUACUUUUAUAAGAUCUGUUUUUUUAUAAUAUUUACAAAGUAUUCUUAUCUUAAGUGUUUUCUGUCAAUUUCAAGCCAUGAAGAAGAGUUUAACUGACUGUCUGUCACUUGCCACUUAUGUAGAUUUUCCUGAUUUAUGACACAUCUGUAACAUUCAUCUAUCAUCUAUACUGCUUUUUUUAUUUUAGAAUUGUUUUUGUUUAUUGCAUUUCUUGAUCUUUAUUUUCCUUAUUUCAACACAAGACCUUUACCAACAUAUUUUUACUUGGACAAUAUGGUUUUAGCAGGAUGUAAUUUUCAAAGUAAACCAAAUAUUGUAUAACAUACUGAGAUCUGCUUAGUUGAAGUCAGGGUCCCCGUGGGUAUAGCUAGCCAAUCCUGGAGCUGCCCAGGACUGGGCGCCAGUGCAGUUCGGAGUAAAAUGUGACGUUGAUCCCAAUUAAUGAUAUACAUUACUUUCGUAAAGAUAGAGAAAUUUUGCUUAGCUUUUGCUAAACCUUUAUUUAUUCUUGCAUAGUCUCAUAAUUACAAAGUAAGACAUACUUUGUGAGCCCUUGUCCUCUAGAUUGUAGUUACUGUAUAUAAUAUGUUCUGUGCUCUUCAGCGUGCUCACCAUGUUAACUCUGGAAUACAAAGCAGCCUUAAAUUUUUUUUGGACAUCUGUAUGUCCAUCCUGUAUUUGUGCUUAGACUGAGCCAGUUUCUGUCUGCCACACACAACAGAGAUGUUCACUCAUGGCUGAUGCUUUAAGAAGUGUCAGCCAGUAAACAAUGCCUAGUUUGUGCAUGUUGGAAGAAACUUUUUUUUUAUAGGCAAGCAAACCUGUCUGGUGUGCCUGAUUUUGAGACUGUUUAUCACCUCAUCACAAAUUUCACCGCUGCAUAGAAGUGUCAUUGUAACAAGAUCAGUUGCACUUUUUUGUAGAAUUUAUUUGAGUUUUUCACUGGCUGAGUAGAUAUCCAUCUGUAUAUCUCUGUUUUCAGUAAAGUUUUAGAAACACAUUUUGAUGAAAUAUCUUCUGUUUCAGGAGAGCGGUAUACAAAAAGCUCUUAGUAAAUGGCAAAUUAAAAAAUGUGCAGAGAAGUUUCUUUAAAAUAAAAAGGUGAUGAGAAGGGUAGUCCUUUCAGUCAGAAAUUUAGGGAACCUUACAAAACAAAUGACUAAAUAGCAUUGCAUUUGUAUUUCAUUACUUUUUUUGCUGCCUUUAAGUGAAUCAAAUGUUCAGCCUUGUGAUGCACCACUGGACACAUUGUUAGUCACCAUGUCCCUCUGCUUAACCUGCAGGGGCCCUAGUUUAGGAAAAAAAAUACAAUAAUCUUCAACUAAAUAAAGACAAAUAUGAAACGUUGGCAGCAUAAUUGUCUAUUGCUGGAAGAAACUUGUGCAUAAACCUUAAUUCAUUUUUAAUUACAUUCCAACUCUUGAGGUUCCCCAACCAAGACCAUAUGCUAACCUUGAGUUUAGUUCUGUUUUGCAGGCAUUCGGCUGGUAAAAAUAUCUUCACUGUUACAGCUUGGAGAUUUUGAGCCAUUAAAUCCUUCCACUGAUACUGGCUUUCACUAACUCACUGAAGUGAAAACGUUGAGUGUGUUUAAGUCAGAGUAAGUAAGCCAUUUAAAGAAUGAUGAAAUUAUCAUUUCUUGUGUCUACUGCUAAAGCCAAUGUCGUAUUUACAAGACUUCUAGUCGUUGGGAAUGUUAUACUUGCUGAUCUUUUUGACCGACCUUGUCAGUUUACCUGACUGAAAAUUGCUGGCCAUGUCACAUUUAACAACUUUAUGCCAAUCUUCUAGCACAGUCAUCAGACAAACUAGCUUCUCUUCUGUUUGUGAGGUCCAAAACACUCAUGUUCCUUGUUUCUGCAUCCCAUGCAUUGCACUUGCAGUCUUUGCUUGUCAGCUCUCAUGCAUAUAAAGCCCACCCCUACUACUAAAGACAACCUAAAACCUGUUUAAUUUUGUCAGGACAAGUCAUGGACUAGUUAGACUGAGUUGCUGGGAAUGUCAGACUGGGUGUCUGCCUCCAACUGUCUAAGAUUAUGUAAAUGACAGCAAUUGCUGAAAAUUGAAGGCAAAGUCAUCUAAUAUGAUGUGGUCUUAAGAAAUGUUUUUUUUAUAAAGUUUUAUAGGAGAUGCACUGGGAAAUAUGCAGAGCAAAUAAGAUGAAAACAUCUUUGAGGCAUAAUAAUUACAGUAUAAAUGACAAGAGAUUAAUUUAAAGUAACUUUUAGUAGUUCAUUGAUGGAUUUCACUUUAAUAAACUGAAAGCUUCACAGAAAAGGUGGAGUCGAUAAGCCUCAGAAAUUUUCAAAACGUUAGAAAAUUUAGAUGUAUAUAAAAAAAAGCUUUUGGGUCAGCACUGGAGGGCUGAUUUUUUUUAAAAAAUUUUUGCAAUCCUAGGGUGGUUCAUCAUCUAAAGACCACAUAACAAGGGCCAAUUUAACCCACUUUGUAAGGUUUGUCUCUGUGACUAAGAGACUGGUGUCCUUUUCUGUUUGUUCUUUUACUUUCACAACAAGUGAGUGACUUCUAUGAAAUAAUUUUCAUUCAUGGAUGUUAAUUGACCUUUAACUGUAAAAUGUCCAAUUUUGUAUGUAUGUUGAAAUGCCAGCUAGUGCCUUUAUUGUAUUUUUUUUGUGUGUGGUUGAAAAAUAAUAUGAAAAACUUUUGAUUUUCUAAAAUACUGAAUUUCAACUUUCAUAAUAAAUCAAAAAUUCUGAGAUCUUU